GAUGGAAAGCAGUUGUAAUUGGUAUUGUUUUAGAAGAAGUUUUUGCCAGAUGUGAUUUCUUAGCCAUUAGUAAUCAAAAGCAUAAGGAAUGUGGUAGAAUCGAAACGUGUGUUUAGCGAGAUCAUAUUUAGGUCACUCUGAAGAACGGAAACUAAGUUAAGAAAUACUUCAGAGACAGCUUCGUUGAUUUAAGGACUGUUUCGAUGGCUUUUCGACAGAGAGACAUGCAUUUCCAACGGACAGCUCGGUCUCAUCCACCUCACAGACCCUAUUCUACUUCUGAAACGUCGUCAUCUUCAGAUGAUCGCGAUGAAACUCCUAUCGUACGACAACCACCUCGAAGAUCUCAGAGCCGAGGUGCUCGAAGUAGAAGCGAGGAGCGAUCCCAAAUAGCACAAAAUUCAAUGAUGAGUCAUCCUCCAGACGCUUACCCAGUUGGGCCUCCAGUAACAGGAUAUCCUGGCCCUUUCCGAUCGGGAACGCUGCGGUCUACCCGUAGUGUGCCUGCUCUGGCUAUUGCUACUUGGGAUGGAGAGCCAUGUCCAGUACACGGGGGUCAUUCAAUGCAUCCACAUGGACCUGCUCCUAAUGUAAUGCGCCGAUACGGGUCAUUAUAUGAUUUGAGAGGUCCGGUGUAUAACACGGGACCUCCGCCACCAAUGCUGGAUAAAAAAAUGUUUCAUGGCUCUAUGCAGAUGUUACCAAUGGGUCCUCCACCACCAUUUCAGCCAUCUCCACUGCAAACAAAUGCUCCUAUCCCUCCUCACUUUUUACCUCCGAUGAUGCGUCCCCGCCCAAUGGUGUAUCCAGCGGUCGGAAUGGAGCCCUUACCUAUGAGAGAUCCUUACAAACUGAGAACUCCACCUCCUGGUUACUCUUCCAAAGUGGAAGAUCAGUACACUGUAGACAAAGUAUGUUGUCAAGGCCACUUAAUUGUGUUAUGGAUAAUUCUUGCUGUUGUAACAAUUGGAGUUAUUCUUGGCAUUAUCUUAGGAGUUACAAUUACGUAAAUGAGCAUACUAGCUGGCAGUUAUAGCUGUAAUACAAAACGAAAUGAAUUAUUACAUGGAUUAUGUAAAACUCGUACGUUUUUGUCGUUUUCUGCAGAAUCCUAGAGAAACUAAUUAUCUUCUAUCUGUUUUCUUCUUGCUGGUCGUAAGUUAGUUAUUGUUACUUGUAACCAAGCAGAGCGAUGGUUAUGCUUUUUCAUGAUUCUCCUAUGAUUCUUUAAGUUGGAAACUAGUACUUAAGAGCAUUAUAUUAGCUAAAAGGUUGUUUAGAUGGGUAAAAUUUCGAUACAAAACAAGAGGGUUUAUGAAGGGGGCCCCAUAGAGCUGAAGUUCGCUAUGGACCCACUGUGGUCUUAAUCCAGCUCUGUUUGUAAUAACUUUUACAAAAUAAUUUAUAGGUGCGAAAUAAUCUGGAUUUAACGAAACCAAAUUAUAUACGAACGAAUUUUUAUUUUUCGUAUAUCUAAUGUAAAUUGACACGCGUAGUAAUUAAUCAUUAUUAUUAUUUUUAUUGUGUGUGUGUUUUUUUCUUAGAUUCUCAGUGCUCCUAAUAGACAACAUAAAUCAUAUUUUACUAAAGUAUGCAAUUGCGAACUAGUUAGCUUCAAACAUAAACUUUAAGCAUUUAUUCUUGCUGGAAAUAUUUUUCCACAGUUAAUAUCUAUGAAUAUUAGAACGAAUUAAAACAAUGAACACUGCCAUUUUGGCAGUGAGGUUAAUUUGAUUUUGUUUUCUUUUGCCAUAAAGCAGUGCGCUUGUAAAUAAUGGGGUUAUCCUAAAAGCCUCGACAAUACCUUGAUAUGACACUUAGUUUUUAAUAAGAUGGCGUGAUAAUACUUGAAUUAAACAGUGAGAUUUUAAAUAACAAAAUACAGUUAAAAUAACAUAAUAAAAUAAGACAAAGUUAAUUACUUUCUUAAAGGUUGAAAGGAUUGGAUAUUUAUAUUACUAGCAGAAAUAUAUUUUAAUAAGGUGUAGAAAAGGUAAAAAUUACCUCAAAACUAGGCUAAUCUUUACGUGAUGUUAUUAAUAUGAAAGAAUGUUGCGUAAUUGUAUUCGGGGAAAACUUAUAGGCUUGUAGUGAUUGUAUGUGAUGAUUUUUAGUACUGAUAUUUUCGUAGCUUUACCAAAUUUUAAUAAACGAAUAUAUGUUACUCACUCGAGAUCUUUUGUUUCUUUACUAAUAUUUUGAAAAAGAAGUUCGGAUGAAA